AUGGCACGGCGGGAUGUGCCUCCCGAGGGCCUGGCAUUAAGUGGAGCUCAGGUCAAUAUCAACCGGAGUGCCGCCGUGCCCAAGCUGCCAGAUAUACAUGCGCGGCCUGCCCAAACCUUGGCCCCCGCCCCUAAAUCGGAUCCCAGUGCCGCCGCUCCAGGGCAGACGCGCCAUGACUCCAAAUUGCGCGUCACCGAUGAGACCGCGAGCCCCGAGGGCGGCCCUGCCCCCGUCGUGGCCGCAGCCGCCGCACUGUUUGCCAGGCCGGCGACGACCAAACCAGAGGUGGAGCGCAUCAUCUACAGUCGGGGCCGGACGCCCAUGCCGGAUCCCAAGGUGCUGGAUGCCGUCCCCCCAACACCUACGCCUGAACCGCGCCUCGAGGAAUUGAGUGUCAACCCAUUUGCCCUGGCUGCGGAACGCCUACAUGGCUUUGAAGACAUUGCAGCUACACUACGUGCCUUUGAAGAGCUAGAGUGGGCCGAAGAGCCAGAGCUGGCUCCGCCAGAGUCGGAAAUGCACCCACGUGUCAGUCACCCCGGAUCAGCCGCCGCUCAGACCGAGACCACGGCCGACAAACCAAGUAUUACGGAGAGCGAUGACACUUCAGAAGCAGGGGCUAGCACUGCACAAAAAGGUGACGCGUCAGAUCUUGAGCAAUCCAAUAGUCGGCGCUCCACUGCCUCGGGCCCAGCGAAUGCAUCCUUACCCACGGUCACCUUGGAGUCUGCCGCCCCAACGCCGUGGCCCGAUGACCCUUCUCCUUCGCUGACCAGCACGGACGCUCAACAAACAUUGCCGACGCGAGGCACAACGCUGUUAGAUUCAAACUCGGGCUUUUUGCUUGUUGGCAACGCUCUCAGAGCACCCGAUUCCUUUGCUCGUGCUUGGUCGGUGCCAAAGGGCAAGGAAGCAGACGCCUUGGCGCGCGCUUUUGCCGAGGCCGAACACAGUAUUCACGAGGCUGCCCAGACCAAGCGCUUUCGUGACCAGAUCGAGCAAUACGACCGUGAUAUGGCCUUGGUGGAAAAGCUACGCAAGCAUCACGAGACGGACACGCUCGAAUCUCUCGGUGUGACUGUUGCUUCGUCAAAAUUCGACUCCUGCCUCCCAAUUUACCAGGCCUGUCUACUCGCACACUCAACCGUGAUACUACCACGCGUUGCUGUAGAGACACCAGAGCUGAUUGAAGCGCUGGAACAAGCGCGUCUCCUUGUGGUCGAACGCCACGACACCACCGGAACCAUGCCCAAUGACAUUGCCCGCGCUUUAGUUGAGCAAGGCGAGAUUGAACUGCGGAUGGGUCGCUUACAGGCAGCUGUGCAAACGCUUAACGAGGCCAUCAAGGUUCAGCCACGCCUCUGGCGCGCCCGAUGGCAGAAACACUUGGCCCUCUUGGGCAUGCGCGAUGUGCACAAUGCGAUUAUUGAAGCCGAUCGCAUCACCUUAAGCACCCAAGACUACGCUGCACACCGCAGCAAAGGCGACAUCUAUUUUGCACGGCACGAUUACACGGGAGCAGCAACUGCCUACCAGGACGCCCGUGAUAAUGCUGAACAGGCCACGUCAGACGUGCUCAUGGUCUUACAAGUGGAUGCAGGGCACGAGAAGGCUCGUUUGUACUUUGCCGACUUGAGCUAUCGGCGCGGCAAUUACGGCCAAGCUGUGCGCGCCUACACCGAGUUGCUCGAGGAACAACCCGAUUCGGCUACUCUUUACAUGGCCCGUGCCAAAGCCAACGUGGGCGCCAAGGCAGCUAUCGAGGCUUUGCGGGACGUUGUGCAGUGCCUCCACCUUGACCCCAAUUGUGCAGAAGCCUACUUUUAUCGUGCCCUGAUGCUUCUUGAGGCACGGCCGCGACAGGCCCUGAAGGACUUUAGUCUGACCUUGCUCUUAGAUAUGGGCACCGAGCUUACGACUCGUGCCUUGCUGCAGCGCGGCAUCCUCUAUGCCAAGCUCAACGAACACGUAUGUCCUGCCCUGUCCAUCUGCCGAGAAACCCGUUCCAAUCUUCGUCGGCAACAUUGUCUUUCUUACGCACUGGGCCGAUACAUUUCCUCGACGCCGCAGGUCCAAGCCAUGUCAGAUCUUUUUGCAUGCUUGCGUGCCGAAGACUUACGGUGCCUGAGAUCUGACAUUGGCAUCUCCAACCUGAUGAUUGAUAUCUAUUGCCAAAUUGGGCUCGUCUACCUCCGAUCGCUCGGCAAAAUCGCAACGGCCAUCAAAUACUUUUCAAAGGCUAUUUCUUUGCGCUCCGACUGCGAGGCCGCGCUCCUGGCGCGGGCCGAAGCCUUUGUCACCCUGCACAAGCUGAUGCCACACGCUGCAACCAACAGCACCAUGCUGCUGCGAGCCCAACGUGAUCUCACCCGGCUCAUGCAUAUUCGUCCUGAAGUCUUGCAUUACCGCCUUAAAGCCGCACGCGUGUGCAUGGACGCGGGCCGCGAAGAGGCUGCCACCAACCUGCUGCGGUCGGCCAAGGUCAACCUCAGCCUCAAUCUCCUUACCGUUCAAGCUUACGUGCGUUUGUCUAGCCUUGAAGCCUCAAACUGUCCCGUGUGUCUUCGUUUUGCUGUCUCAGUCAACCAAAAGCCCCACCAACUCAUGCACUCAUCUCUAAAUGUAUGGAUUGACGGCUCAACUUUGCAGAUCUACUUGGGCUUGGAGCAUGAAGUCGGCGACAUGCUGUGUCAGCUGGUUUAUCCCAAGAAUGACAGUGCCACGUACAUACUUCUCUUCAAACACUCACCUUCUUGGAGUCGCGGUGCUUGGCAGCCGGCCCAGAUGUAUGGCGUGGCCUUGAGCAAAGCCACAAUGGCCACGCGCAUGUAUCCGCAGACCGUGACACUCAUUCAGCAGCUGAUGAAGCAUUUGCACCCAACCGAGGAUUUGUGCUGUGACCUGGCUGCAGCCGCCCUCGAGUGCCACCGCACGGUGCUGGCUCAGAUUGCUUGCGGGCAAGCCCUCGAAGCCAAGCCCGAUUCGGCCCGCGCGCUCCGCCUGGUCAUUGACUCGCGGCGACGCGUUGCUCGAGCCUAUUUGCUUCGGGCGUGUUUUCGCGUCGAACAGGGACAGCCGUCUGUGGCGCUACCGGACUUCCGGACCGCACUGCGACUUCAGCCGCAAAGUGUGCUGGUUCACUACAAUUUUGGUUUGGCUUUGGCCCUGCUGAACGAGCAGGCCGAGGCCUUGAAGCUCUUUGAAACGGGCCUGGGAUUGGUGCAUGCCACCGUGGACAGUCCAAAUGCACCCGCCAAGUCAUUGCACGCCAGCCUUUUGCACAAUGCUGCCGUCGUCAACUUCCACCUAGAAGAGUAUGCCGCCGCGCUAGGUUGCUUCAAGCAACUCCUGGACUUGGUUCCGGAGCAAGCCUCGGACGUGGACACGCUCAUCACCAUGGCUCUGACCUGUUAUCACAUGCGUGACUUGGCAAGCGCGGUGCAACUGUUCUCGCGUGUGAUCGACCUCAAUCCUCGGAUGAUGGUGGCAUACCUGGGCCGGGCCAACGUACUUAUGGAUAUUGAUACGGAAGCUUGCUGGCUCUUGAGUCGCCGCGAUUAUGCGCGUGCCAUUCACCUGGACCCUGAAGAUCCAAGGCCGUACCUCAACUUGGGCAUCGGUGCCACGACUUGCGUCACGCGGGCCGUGGUGGCCCAGUAUCUGCAGCAGGUGGCCGUGGCCGUGGCUGACCUUCAAUUGGCACUGAAGAUUGACCCCGAAUGCAUAUUGGCUCUCUACAACCUGGCCCUAAUGUACGUGGCCAAGCGUCAGCUGACGCAGGCGGAGGAUACCAUCGCGCGCGCCAUGGCCAUCGAUCGAAGUGCCGCCCAGCGUCGCUUGCGGCAACAAGCCGUCGAUGAUGAGCUUAGUGACGCCACUCUUUUGCCUCAUCUUGAUGGCCAGCUUUUCCUCGUCGCGGCACAAAUUGCGCUACAACGCAAGGCAUGGCAAAAGGCCGAGGAGCUGCUGUGCCAGGCUGAAACCUGCAAGAACCUCGAUCCGGAGGAUAAGACCAUUCUCGUGGGCUGGAAUCGGGCCUUGAUGUUUUAUCACCGAGACAAUUUUGCCGCCGCCCACGCCGCCUUGCAACCGGUCCUUGCCCUCCGCCCUGACGAUGAUGGGGCAAAGAUGCUGGCCGCCCUUAUGCACGACUAUGGCCAAGACUCUGCCCCGGUCGGCAGCAACGCCAAAAAGCAGCUCCGUCUGACAGCAGCAACCCUCCCCUCGGCGGCUCGGAAGUAA